AUGUCAACUCCAAAGAAAGGCAGGUCCAGUCCUCAUGUGGGUGGCUCAACAACGGCAAGGAGACAGAAUAGUAGACACAAGGCAGGAGCCGCAGCAACUGGCAAGGGCAAGACUAAGCCCGUCAAGCCUCCUGUCGCCUCACACAUGACGACAGCCGUGGCAAGCAGCAUCGACAUGAUAAACAACAGCGACAGCAGUGGCGGCGACUCGCCUCCCACCGCCGGACAGGCCGACGACACCCAACUCUCGCGUCUCGAGAAGCUGAGCCUGAACAAGACGAUCUUGGACAUCAAGUCACAGCAAGAGGACGAGGCCUAUGCCAACAGGAAGGAGAAGGAGCGUCUGGCCGAGGAGAGAAAGAAGCUGACCAACGAGACGCUCAAGAAGAUGCAGGAGGAGGAGAAGAAGCUCAAGCAGGCAGAGGAGGAGAAGAAGCGAAUGAUCGAGAAGCUGAAGCUCGAGAGCAAGAAGGAGGCCGAGGAGCUCAACAUUAAGAUGUCCGCAAACGGCGGCGGCAGUGCGGGCGGCAGCAUCAACGGCAAGUUCGUCUAUGAUCCAAAGAAGAUGGGCACUAUCAAAGGCAUGUCAACAAUUCGUGGUGACGCCUUUGCACUGCGCAAGUACUCGUCAUCGUCUUCUCUGGGCAGAAAGACCGCCAGCAACCUGUUCAAGACCAUCUCUGUGCCCCGUGUGGCCAAGUCACAGAUCAGUCUGCAGGAUCUAUUCAUGCAACACAAGGCAAUGUCUUCGUCAGCUGGCAGCACACUCACAUCCGCUCCACCAACCCUUAUCGAUGCGCCAGAGCUAUCACGUCAACUAGAGGAGAAGCUUCAUUUACACGCACAAGCACAGGCACAAGAGAAGGAGAAGGAGAGGCAUCAUGAUGAUGAAGUGUCAACAUCAACGACUACAACAACUACCACCACGACUACUACGACCUCUUCUACAGCGCCAGACUCACCAUCGACUGAGGAGGGAUCAAGACGUCCACUUUCAAUGUCCAUUAGAAAGCCGACAUUCUACGGAUCAGUGGGUCACUCAUCAAAGGAUGACAUAAAGCAACAACCAAACAAGGAACUGCACAAGAAAUGGGAGGAGUACGUCACAACAUUGGAAAAGGAGCAUGCGAGACAGGAGGAGAUAGAGAGACAACAGGAGCUGGAAAGACAACAAGAGUUGGAAAGACAGAGAUUGCUCGAGGAGGAGGAGAAGAGAGCAGCUGAGCAAGGUGUCACACCAAGUGGUGAUGGCGCCCAAGUGCAGCAGCAACAGCCAGUCGAGCAGGUGACAGUCGACACAACAAAGCCUCACGUGACUGGUGACCAGACUAAACAACAACAGGAGGACGAUGAAGACACUCAAUCUGCUGCUACAACCAAGGUUGAUGGAACUGAAACAGAGCCAUUGACAGAGGAGCAGAAGCUACAACAACAACAACAACAGGGUGAGCCAGAGUUGCCUCCUGGACCCGAUCCCAAGGCCAUUGCAGAUGGAAACAUGAUCAUUGAAGCCUUGAUGAACAAGCCCAAUGCACCAAAGGUGGCCAAGCCAGUGUCGAUUGAGGAGGAGGAGUUUGCGCUCUCGUCCCAGCGUCCUCCAGCCAUGGUCAACAUCUUCAAGUAUGGAGUGAUCGACAUUGACUUCUCCAUACUCUUUGGCGAUGCAGACGACCUCCGUGGCUUCAUUGUAUGGACUGUCACAUCCUUUGGCGUCGAAGAGAGAGACUUUGAUGACUACCCAACGUUCUUCUCAAAGGACUCUUAUCUUGUAUUAUAUUCGUCAGAGGAACAGAAAGAUUCCAAGUUGUACAAUAUUCACAUAUGGACAGGUGCCGAUUCACCUUUGGAUAGAGUGGGUGCGUCUGCAAUGCUGGCAGUUCAGCUGGCAACACAUCUGGGCGGCAAGGCCAACAUCUACAAUGAGUACCAGGGUGAUGAGAGCGAAUCCUUCUUGGACUACUUCUACGAUGAGUUCAGCGGCAUCAAAUACAAGUCUGGCGGCAACGGCUCCGACUUUAACCACGUGCCAAAGCAGCGUCCGAUCGGCCCAACCACUCUGCUCAAGAUCGACAUCCCCUUGAUUGGUGACAAGAGUGGCCGCGUCAGUGUGCGCCACGUCGAGAUCUCGUCCAAGCUGGUCAAGCACGCCGGUUCAGAGUUGGCAUUCGUCCUGGAGAACGACCAGCGCAUCUAUGUGCGUCUGGGCGCCAAGUCGUCACUGAGCACGCGUGUGCUGGCGCGCAACGUUGCCCGCGACUAUGCUGCCUACUACGGCAACAACUGUACAAUAGUGGAGCUGAUCGGUGGCGAUUCACACCUGGAUAAGGAGUUCUUCAAGUAUCUGAAGGAGCGCAAGACCAAGAACGACAAGGACAAGGACUUCCCGCACAGCGACGACGACGAGACCAUUGUCAACCUAUACAAGACUGCCCAGCGACCAACCGGCAAGCUUGACCUGGACUCAAUCACAGACCAGUAUCCAAUCAGCGUGUCGGAGCUGGGUGACAAUGAAGUGUUCAUCCUGGACUGCACCACAGAUAUCUUCCUUUGGUACAAUGGCAACAUCUCGCUCAAGAAGUUGGUGGCGGGCCGCGAGUGCGCGCUCAUGUUCUUCAAUGAGUACGAGCGACCCAAGUGGGCGCAGGUCAUCGAGUGCCAGAAGGGCAUGGAGCAUCCGCUGUUCAAGCAGCAGUUCAAGAACUGGAACUGCAAGCUUCCCGUCCUGCCGCACCAGCAGCCAUGCAGCGUCGACCGCUCACUGAAAAAGCCGCUGCAGUACAACUACAACAAGCUCCUGACCAGCAUCAAGGACGAGGUGAUCGAGCCCGUGCUCAAGUACAACGAGAAGGACAUUGUCGAUGUGUACGCCAUCACCACGCCCGACCUCGAGUUCCACAAACUGGAGCCCAAGGAGAAGUCGCACUUCUACGAGAUGAACAACUACAUGAUCAUCGUUUCAUCGCGCAGGAACACGCCAGCCACCACACCAGCCGCACCCACCGCUGGCAGCAUCAAGGGUGCCAAGAACAUUGUCAACGUCGGUCCAAAGCAGCAGUCCACCAUCUACUGGUGGGAGGGCACGCAUGCCGACACCAAAGGAUUCGCCGCAUUCUUCCACGGUCUCUAUCCAAUCAUCUCGUCCAAGUUCCAAGAGAAAGGACAGCUGGCGCCACGUCUAGCCUACAUCCACCAAAGGAAGGAGCCCAUCCAUUUCAUGAACCUAUUCAACAACAAGUUGAUCAUUCACUCAGGAUCGAGAUUCGAUGAGCCAGAUAUCUCUGACAAGAUAUACCAUGUGUUGGACUAUGAUGAUGAGAUUGUAUAUAUACAACAGGUGGAUCAGAAUGCCAUCCUACUGAAUUGCUUCAGCUCCUACUGUAUCAUCUCGGCCCUGAAGGAGACCAUUGUCGUUUGGAAGGGAACACAGAGUUUCAUUGACGAUGAAGAGUUGGAACUCUACGCCUCCUAUCUUGAUGAGCACUACCAUAUCAGUAUCAUGCGACAGAGAAAGGCAGAGAAUGAUCGCGACUUUUGGUUGUCCCUGCCAGGUCUGAAGAGAGAGGUGGUGGACAUCAACUACCUGAGGAACAAGUACUUUAGGUUCUGCUUCUCGGAGCAGUCCGAGUUCAAGGUGGAGCGCAUCACAAGGUUCCAUCCAAACGAUCUCAAAGAGGACCAAUGUGCACUCUUUGAGACCAAAGACAAGCUCUAUCUCUGGAUUGGUUCACGUGCCACCAUUACACUAAUUAAUAUAUCCACUAUAUUUGUAAACGAUUACUGUAAAUAUGAAGCAAAGCCACCAAAGAUAAAGAAGAUACAACAGUAUAGGGAGUCUUACAAGUUCAAGAUGUACUUCCCAGCAUGGGAUAGAAAGGAUGUGUUGAUCGACCCACUGGAGAUCAGACAGCAGCAGUUGUCACUGUUGCACACGCUAGAGUACAGGGCACAGGUGGAAGAGGAACAGGCGUUGUUCAACGAGUAUCUAGAGUACGCCAUGUCUGCUGAGGACCUUGACGAGAUCGAGGACUUCCAAUCAUGGGCCAUGAUCCAAAAGGGUAUCAUACCACCAAACCACUGCUCUGGCAAUGGCAACAACAACAACUCAUCAUCAUCUGCCGCUGGUGCCAAUGGAGGCAAAGACAAGAAGUCCAAAAAGAAGAAGUUCUUUGGAUUGUUCUAA